AUGGGCAGAAGUGCUUUCCUCCUGCAGACAUGCAAGAUAAGGUACCUUGUUCUCCUUGUUGCAGAACGUUGUGAUGACUGGGGUGUGGACACCAUGAAGCAGAUCCAGAUUUAUGAUGGGGAACCCGCCAAGAUCAAGUGCCCACUUUUUGAGACCUUCUUGAAGUAUAACUACAGCACAGCUCAUUCUGCUGGACUAACCCUGAUCUGGUACAGGAUCGGGCAGGACCGGGAUCUGGAGGAGCCCAUCAAUUUUCGACUGCCAGACAAUCACAUCAGUAAGGAGAAAGACACCCUUUGGUUCUGGCCUGCUCUUCUCAAUGACACUGGGAAUUACACGUGCAUGCUGAGAAAUACUACCUACUGCAGCAAAGUUGCAUUUCCCUUGGAGGUUGUUCCAAAAGACCCACACUCUUGUGUGAGCCAUUUGAUAAAACCCACUGAGGAGAUGUUCUACUUGGAGCACGCCAAUGAGAAGAUUGUAUGUCCAGAUAUUGAUGGAUUUUACCCUGCUAGUGUAACACCAACUGUCAAGUGGUACUUGAACUGCAACUUGGUGGAUGGCUUCCAUGAGCGAUACCCUCAAGGGCCCAGGCUUGUCAUUCACAUUGUCCGCAGCACGUACAAAGGCAAUUACACUUGUAUUGUGACAUUCAAGGACCAUGGAAGAACCUAUAAUCUCACCAGAACCGUAAAGAUGAAGGUGGUGGGAUCUCCAAACAAGGCCUUGCCGCCACAGUUCAUCUCUCCAAAUGAGAAAGUUGUCUACGAAGUGGAAGCAGGAGAUGACCUUGUUCUGUUCUGUGAGGUCUUCUUCACUUUCCUGAAGGACUCUCGGACUGAAGUGUGGUGGACCAUAGAUGGGAAAAACACAGACGACAUCACGGACUCCAAGAUAAAAGUUACACAAAGUGAAACUACUAGAGAGUUUGAAGACAAAACUGUCAUCAGGACUCUAACAGUUUCCAAAGCCACACCAGAGGAGUUGAAACGGAAUUACACUUGCUAUGCCAGGAACGCCAAGGGCGAGGACCAUGGCCAGGCCAUAGUACACAUGAAAGUUGUCGCACCGAAGUACACUGUGGAGCUGGCCUGUGGACUGGGGGCAACCAUCCUGCUCAUUGUGGUGCUGAUAGUCAUCUAUCAUGUUUAUUGGCUUGAAAUGGUCCUCUUCUAUCGAGCUCAUUUUGGAACAGAUGAAACCAUUCUAGACGGGAAGGAGUAUGAUGUGUACGUGUCCUACGCGCGCAACGCGGAGGAGGAGGAAUUUGUGCUGCUGACGCUGCGAGGAGUCCUGGAGAAUGAAUUUGGGUACAAGCUGUGUAUCUUUGACAGAGACAGCCUCCCAGGGGGAAAUACCACCGAAGCUGUGUUCGACUUCAUCCAGAGGAGCCGCAGGAUGAUCGUGGUCCUGAGUCCUGAUUACUUGACGGAGAAGAGCAUCAGUCUCCUGGAAUUCAAGCUGGGCAUCAUGUGCCAGAACGCCAUUGCCACCAAGCUCAUUGUGGUGGAGUACAGGCCACUGCAGUGCACCCACCCCAGCAUCCUCCAGCUGAAGGAGUCUGUCUCCUUUGUCACCUGGAAGGGGGAGAAGUCCAAGCGCUCCGGCUCCCAGUUCUGGAAGGCGUUGCGGCUUGCCCUGCCACUGCGCAGCCUGAGUGCCGGCGCUGGCUGGAACGAGAGCUGCUCCUCCCAGUCAGACAUCAGCCUGGACCCCGUCCAGAGGAGAAGGAGCCGAUUGAAAGGGCAGCCUGACCCACGGGGAGUCGCGGCGAUGACUUUUGCUCCCGGAGGGACGGCCCCGGUCUCCGAAUCGAGGGCCAAACACCGAGCCAAGCACUUCUUGACCUGCCGGUGUUGUGGGACCUACUGCAAUGACGGCAGCAGACUCAAGCGCAAGCACGGAGCCGUGGCUGAGCCCAGGUGGGACGCUCACCUCUGCAAGUCAGGCGCAGGCAGAGCUGCAGCGCAGGGGAUUCAGGGCAGAAGCCGACCCGAGCCCCCACCAGCACAGGCUCCUGCUCUUGCCCUCUGCCAUUACAGCGACCUGUCCAACAACAAUGACUUCUACGUACUCUAA